UCCCCGCAAUGUCGCUAUAUCAGGAUCACGACACCAGUUUCCUUCCGUGUUAGCUAACCUAACUACUGCUAAUUCAACUACUAAGCGACGGUCGAUAUAUCUCGAAGCAGCAACCUCUAGCCCCCUCCUGGUUAUGGCGAAGGGGAAAUAUGCGAGUUUCGCAGAUCGCGUUUUCCCCCGCGCUGCUUGCUGCCCGGUCAAUUUAUCCAUUAUGCCUGGAGAACGCGGAUGGCGAGAUCUCAAAGAAGCUGUCGUGUAUGCAAGGUACAUUCCAUACAUGUGCAUGUAAUAUAGUAGGAUGUCCCGAGUGGCGGGAGGAGAAGGGGGGGUAGCUAAAUGUUGCUCCGAUUGUAUAAAUGAUUGUUUACCCAUCGGACUGCUCUUCCUUCUCGCUCGCCCUGUUCACACUCACGUUCUCCAUUCGCGAAGAACUUGAAGGAAGACAAGCGGGUGUAUUUACCCAGCGAGAACAAUGCGGACCCACCCCUUCGCGCUCUUGGGCCUCGCUCGCCUUGUAGCGCAUCCCUCUGUCGUCGCUGCUGUUAGUACCUCGGUCCAGGUGAAAUGGAUCGAUGAGACUCCUACAUCCCACACUGGAACGACGUUUGGUUUACCGUGGGCCCGUGGACGCCACCUUGCGAACGCGACUGAGUUCAGCGCGGAUGCGGGUACGCUUCAGUCGUGGGUUACAGCGUACUGGCCUGAUGGAUCGAUCAAGUGGUCGGCGCAUGCACUGGGCGGGGAAGAAUCUGUGAAGGAAGGGUAUACUGUUACAGCGAGUGGCGCUGGGAAUUCGAGUGUUGGUGAGAAGGCGAGGAGGCAGACUGGUGGCAGGAAUGGGACAGCGAUUGAGAUCUCAGAGUCUACGGAUGAGAUUGUAGUGAAGACGGGGAAGAUCACGGCCAGUUUUGCGAAGCAGGGGAGUGAUCUGGUGAAGAAGAUUGAGACUGCGAGUGGGAAAGUAGUAGGGAAGAACGGACAUUUGGUGCUGCUUUCUCAAUCAGGCAUUCCGGAAUAUGAAGGCGACUCCACAGGUAUCCAACACUACAAGCUAUCCAGCAAGAUAUAUAACACGACUGUGUCAUCGGAAGGAGAUGGCUCUGCUCGAGCGCUUGUAACAGUUCAAGGCAUCCACUCGACGCCUGCGAAUUCGACUGGCUCUCGUGGCGACUGGCUUCCAUUUACCGUUCGCUUUUACCUCUACGCCAAUUCCGACGCUAUCCGGACGAUUCACACUAUUAUAUAUGAUGGUGACUCUAAGUCAGACUUCAUCUCUGGGCUCGGUAUACGUUUUGAUGUACCAUUAGCCGGAGAGGAAUUGUACGACCGUCAUGUGCGCAUCGCUGGUGUUGAUGGGGGUAUGUUGCAUGAGGCAGUACAGGGAAUUACGGGACUCCGCCGAGAUCCCGGUGCCAGCGCUAGAAGUGCACAAUACAAUGGCACAAAGACGCCAGACAAAAGUACUUGGGAUACUAGGGUAUCAACUCGACUACAAUGGAUCCCAACGUGGAGCGACUUCCGUUUGACGCAGUUGUCUCCCGAUGGCUUUAACAUCAAGAAACGCACGAAGGCUGGCCAAAGUUGGGUUAAAAUACCAGGUGGAACGCGCUCAGGCGGUUUGGCUUACCUUGGGGGUGCUACUGUCGGAGGACUCGCUGUUGGCCUUCGUGAUUUCUGGAAGAAAUACCCCACAAGUCUUGAUAUUUCCGAUUCUACCACCGACCAAGGUUCGAUUACGCUCUGGCUUUACAGCCCUUCGGCUGAGCCCAUGGACCUACGGCCUUAUCAUGAUGGCCUAGGUCAGGACACGUAUGCUAAGCAGCUCGACGCUCUAGAAGUGACGUAUGAGGAUUGGGAGGAAGGUUACAACACACCGUAUGGAAUUGCGAGAACGAACGAGGCCUUCAUCUACGCUUUUGACAGCACUCCAUCUGCGGAUAGACUAUCUGAAUUAACAAGCCAAUCGAAUGAGCCUCCUGUUUUAUACGCAGAACCGAGCUAUGUCGAAGAGACUGGCGCUUUAGGAACUUACUGGAAAACUCCCGAAGCUACUUCAGGGUCAGCGGAUGCCGCCGAGAUUGAAUCUCAUCUCGAUUUCCUGAUCAAGUUUUACCACGAUCAAGUUGAGCAACGUCGCUGGUUCGGCUUUUGGGACCAUGGAGAUAUCAUGCAUGGCUACGACACAGAUCGCCAUCAGUGGAAGUACGAUAUCGGCGGCUAUGCGUGGGACAACUCGGAGUUGAGUCCUGAUCUCUUCUUCUGGAAUCACUUCCUUCGUACAGGUCGAGCUGAUGUAUACCGUCUUGCCGAAGCACAAGUUCGGCACGGAGGAGAAGUCGAUUCCUACCACCUUGGAAACUUCACGGGUCUCGGUACACGGCACAACGUGCAACAUUGGGGCGACAGUGCAAAGCAAGCCCGUGUCUCGACCCCCGUUUACCGCAAGACCUUCUACUACAUCUCAGGCGGUGACGAACGCACAGGCGAUCUCAUCCACGAAGCUCUCCAAGCAGAGAAAGGCUUCUAUCUCGUCGACGCACGCCGAAAAGUCCGCGCCCCAGAUGUCGUCUACAAACCCGACCCAACCGCCCUCUACCUCGACUUCGGCACAGACUGGGCCGGCGUUGCAGCCGCAUACCUCAUUGAAUGGGAACGCCGUGGACCCCGCUGGGAAGAAUCGCGCUCCAAACUCCUCGAAACCGCGCGAACCUACCCGGACCUCAAAUUCGGUUUCGUAACCGGCGAAGCCCUCUACAACUCUCUCACAGGAACAUGGAGCCCGCCUCCCACGGACCCGUCCAACAACGGCACGGCAUCCAUCUCGCAUCUGUCAGCCGUAUUCGGCGUCCUGGAAACCCUCGACCAGCUCUUCUCCCACGACCCUACCCUCCCGUCUGCCUUCAAAGACGCCUGGCUCGACUACUGCUACUACUACUCGGCAUCCAACGCGGAGCAGCUCGCGCGCUACGGCAAGAGUUUCGGGAAAGUCAACUUACGCCAAGGCCACGCGAGAUUGACGGCGUAUGCGGCGCGCGAGCGUGGGAAUGCAUCGCUGGCGGCUCGUGCGUGGGAUGAGUUUUUGAACGAUAACUCGGCGGAUGAGUUGGGGCCGGACGAUCCGUGGAGUACCGUUGUAUGGAAGGGCAGCGAUGUGCUGACGCAGGUUGACGAGGCGGAUUGGAUCACCACGAAUGCUGCGGCGCUUUAUGGGCUCGCGGGCAUCGAGCUGCUGGCGCUUGUUGGGGUGUCGGAGGGGGGGAAUGGGACGGGGAAUGGAACACUUGUUGGAAGAUAG